UUUAAUUUACGUCAAAUAAAAACAACAUAUUGCCACCACUCUUCCUCUCCAAAAUCUUCCCGAAGAUCCAUUGUUGAUUCCGGUUCGCUUUUUCUGUGCGUGCAUUUACUUGUGUGUGCAAAUAAAACAUAUUAAUUAAUAAACUCCCUAGAAAGCUGUGCGGCUGUGCUGAUUGCGUUUUAGGUACUACCGUCUUUUCAUUGUGUUCUAUUGUGCAGUUUCCUGCAUCCUCUACCGCAGCGAAACAGAUCCAGAACGACAUGGAGGAACGCACCGGAACAGAAAGAAUUUAUGGUGGAUGUGAAGGACCGGAUGCAAUGUACGUGAAGCUCAUCUCGUCCGAUGGACACGAGUUUAUUGUGAAGCGAGAACACGCACUAACGUCCGGCACGAUCAAGGCCAUGCUCUCCGGUCCGGGCCAGUUUGCGGAGAAUGAAGCGAAUGAAGUAAACUUUAGAGAAAUACCCUCACACGUCCUCGAGAAAGUCUGCAUGUACUUUACCUACAAGGUACGAUACACAAAUAGCUCGACGGAAAUACCGGAGUUUCCAAUCGCUCCGGAGAUUGCAUUGGAGCUACUGAUGGCCGCUAACUUUCUCGACUGCUAGGAGCUAGUGUUAAGGUGUAAUUUGGUUUCCCAUGUUUUUUGUUUUGUUUUGUUUGUAUAUAUUAGGACCCUUGAAAGAUAAAACUACACUGAUAACAUCUAGAUCCUUACAGAAGUACGGAAGAAAGCAAAUGGAGUGCCCACAAUGUGCAUUUUAUACUCAAACCGAUUAAUUAAUCGUUCGUAGUGAUCAAAAGCCUUAGCAUAAAGAUGUUGCAUGUUUCACAGAACUCUCUUGCUCUGCAAUAGUUGGAGGAUCGCUUUCUCAAGUGGAUAAAUUCAAACGCAAAUGUCGUCCUGUUCCGCUUUUUUAUUUUAUUUUUUCAUGUUUACAAUCGCCUUGUUUCCAGCAAAUUUCCAACAACAAAAGCAAUGUCUGUAACACUUAUUUCACGGUAGGGAAUAUCUAAAGAAUGUAUCAUUUCAUUUACAAGCAGAAUGUUACAUGUAGCCAACGAAAAAAUGCAACAUCUGGGUAUAAAACUCCUUUCGAGCUAGGAAAUGGACAGUUUUGUUGUAAGAAAUAUGAAAAGCAAGUGUGAAAAAUGAAACUUUUACCGUAACGUUUGCAGCUAAACUUUCAGAGGUAGGCAAGUCGGUCACUCUCUAUCAUGCUCGCUUGUUUUGCCUCACCAGACAAAAGAAGGAUCCCAAAAAGACCAGAAAUGUGUGUUUCUGUAUAAAAGAUAAUGUUUUUUUUUGUUAUUUCAUCUUUUAUUGUUAUUUUCUUCUAUUCGUACUACGAUAAAUAAUAAAAAAAGGAAAUUUGGUAAAGGAAGCGAAUA